AGUGGCGCAAAUUCGUGGAUCGCUCCGCUGAGUCCGCCCGCGCGUCUCUGCCUUCGCCGCCGCCCCCUGUCCCGACCCCCCCUCCCCGGGUUCCCUCAGCCUAGCUCGGUCCAGCCCGGUUCCCGGGAGGAUGAAGUUCGUGUACAAAGAGGAGCAUCCGUUCGAGAAGCGCCGCUCUGAGGGCGAGAAGAUCCGAAAAAAAUACCCAGACCGGGUUCCGGUGAUAGUAGAAAAGGCUCCCAAAGCUCGGAUAGGGGACCUGGACAAAAAGAAAUAUCUGGUGCCUUCUGAUCUCACAGUUGGUCAGUUCUACUUCUUGAUCCGGAAGCGAAUUCAUCUUCGAGCUGAGGACGCCUUGUUUUUCUUUGUCAACAAUGUUAUUCCACCCACCAGUGCCACAAUGGGUCAGCUAUACCAGGAACACCAUGAAGAAGACUUCUUUCUAUACAUUGCCUACAGUGAUGAAAGUGUCUACGGUCUGUGAAGCUGCUACCCUUGAGGUGGGAGGUUUCAUUCUACAAAGAGAGAGGUGGCACCCCUUUCCUGAUCUCCACCUCCUUCAGGCUCAAACACAGCCUCCCUUCUUCAGGACCUGCACUUCUUAAAGAUUAAGGCUUUCUGUCCAGCCCCUCUUAGCAGGAGGGUAAUGGUGGACAUGGCCUUUUGUACCUUUCUUUUCUCCUUUCUUCCCCUUUCUUUAUAAACCAUCCUCUCCCACUGUGGUUUAGACUUCUUGAUUGUCAAUCUGUCACACCCAAUGAUUGUUUUGGUUUCUGUUCCCUUUCUAACUGUCUGGGCUGGGGGUCAGAACCCCAACAAUCCCUUUCACAACCUUCUUUCUUGGGGGUAAUGGAAAGGAUUGAAAUUGUGGAAGGAAGGUAGGAGUUAUGUCAAUAAAGAGGAAACCAAAAUUGAACUGAA